AAAGCUUUUUGCUCCUCCAGAGACGCUGAUCAUGGGGAUUUUAAGGAGGUGCCGACUGGGCCAGCCCGUUUGGGUGUGCUGUGCUGCCUGGCUGCCAGUGGGAGGCUGAGGCCAGCACAGUCAUGCUCACACAGCUUCCGUGGUGACCCAGUAAACCCAGUCAGACCUGACCGGGGCUCGCUCGCUCCCCUGAGCGCUCACCCACGCCUGCACGCCUCUGCCACCCCACGGCUUCCCUGCAUUCCCCAGGGACCAGCAAACACAUCCCACUGGUGAGAGACGGUACCUGGCUCCGGCUCCAUGCUGCGAGCUGUGGCUGAAGCCCAUAGGAGCACUGACAGCCAGUGGUAGGAGGGUGGGCUUUUGCCUCUGUGGAUGUUGCAUGUUGUGAGUAGAGCGUCUGGUUCCUGGCUUCUCCCCUCUCGGGGUGUCCGUCAGUCCUGUGCCUGGGCCCUGCAUCCACCGUCCUGCUUCUUCAGUGUCGCCAGCCAGCGACGGAGCCUCAGUGGGAGCUGAGGCUGGACCAUCAGGUCCUAUGUGGGCCCCCCUGUGCUGGGAAGUAGAGAAAACUGUGGUGUUUCCAUUCCCAGCUUUUUUCUAUUUCUCGUUGAAGUGCUGGACUUGUGUAAUCCAUCUGCCCCCAGCCCUGGUGGAGGGUUUGGUGGCCAGCCCUGUCCCAGAGAGCUGGAGAGCCCGUGCUGAGGAGUGGCAGUGCCGGCCCGGCGGCUGAGGCGGCUGCCCUUGCCCAGAGAGCGGGAAGAUGAGCGCAGGGCCGGCACAUCUCCUGACAACUCUCUUCAUGGCAGCGGCAGCCUUGGGCUACCCAUCACGGCGCUCUGCCACCGACCUGGAUGCCACCCCCAGGACAACAGUCACCUUUGAUGAGCUGUCGGGAGUCCGGCGCUUCACCGCACACACCCUCAACUACAGCACCCUGCUGCUGGAGGACGAGCGGGGCAUCCUCUACGUGGGCGCCAGGGGAGCCAUCUUCGCCCUCAACUCCAGCGACGUGGCCGACGGCUCCCACCACACGAUCCACUGGGAAGCCUCCCCAGAGAAGCGGAUGGACUGCUUGCAGAAGGGCAAAAACAACAAGACCGAGUGCUUCAACCACGUGCGGUUCCUGCAGCGGCUGAACAGCACCCACCUCUAUGCCUGUGGGACCUACGCCUUCCACCCGCUCUGCGCCGCUAUCGAUGCCAACAGGUUCAUGUUGCCGUCUCACUUUGAAGAAGGCAAGGAGAAGUGUCCAUAUGACCCUGCCCGUGGCUACACUGGCCUCAUUGUGGAUGGAGGCUUGUACACAGCAACACGCUACGAGUUUCGGAGCCUCCCUGACAUUCGGAGGAACCUGCACCAGCGGCCACUGAAAACAGAGGAGUCCCCACUGCACUGGCUGAAUGAUGCUGAGUUUGUGACCUCUGUGCUAGUCCGGGAGAGCAGGGACAGCCCUGUGGGUGAUGAUGACAAAAUCUACUACUUCUUUAUGGAGCGGGCAGGAGAGGAGACCACAUCCUUCUUUGACAAGAGUCAGGUGGCCCGAGUGGCCCGGGUGGCCCGUGUCUGCAAGAGCGAUGUGGGGGGGAAGAAGAUUCUGCAGCGCAAGUGGACGUCCUUCAUGAAGGCACGCCUGGUCUGCUACAUCCCCUACUACGAGGUGCUGCGCAGUGUCUGCAGCCUGGAUGGGGGUGGCUGGGCCAGCACUGUCUUCUAUGCCGCCUUCACACUCUCAGCACAGUGGAGGACCAUGGAGGCCUCGGCUGUGUGCCGCUACAACAUCUCGGCGGUGCAGCGUGCCUUCGAGGGCCCCUACAUGGAGUACCAGGACUGGGCUCGCAAAUGGUCUCGCUACGAUGGUGCAGUGCCCGAGCCCCGGCCCGGCUCCUGCAUCACGGACCACUCCCGCAGGAAGGGAUACAACUCCUCACAGGACCUGCCCAACAGUGUCUUGGACUUUGUGAAGCUGCACCCACUCAUGUUUGAGGAAGUGAAGCCAGCUGGCGGGGAGCCGCUCCUGGUGAAGAAGAACGUGGUGUACAGCCAGCUGGCUGUAGACAGGGUGCAGGCCCUGGAUGGCCGCUCCUACGAUGUGCUCUUCAUGGGGACAGGGGAUGGCUGGAUCCACAAGGCUGUGGUGGUGAACUCUGGCAUCCACAUUGUGGAGGAGGUGCAGGUGUUCAGGGACCUGCAGCCUGUGGAGAGCCUGGUGAUCUCCCACAUUCAGAGGAGCCUGUAUGUGGGGGCAGCCAGUGGGAUCGUGCAGGUGCCCCUGGCCUCAUGCGCCAAGUACACCUCCUGCUACGACUGCAUCCUUGCCCGGGACCCCUACUGUGCCUGGGAUGGCAGGGCGUGCCGCACCAUCACCACCACAGACAGCACAGGGCUGGUGCAGGACAUUCAAAGUGGCAACAAGGGAUGCCGGAGCAGCUCUGGACGGGUGCGUGUCCCCACAGGUUCCCUGCUGUGGAAGAACCGGACGGUGCUCCAGGGGGACGAUGUGCUGCUGCCCUGUGACCAGCGCUCCAACCUGGCCCGAGCCGUGUGGCUGCUGAACGGCAGCGAAGUGCUGGGCACGGGACAGGACCGGCUGCGUGUGGGGGUGGAUGGGCUGCUAGUGACGGACACGCUGCCCCAGCACAGCGGCGAGUACCGCUGCUACGGCGAGGAGCAGGGUCUCCGGACACUGUUGGCUGCCUACAGCCUCUCUGUGCUGCCCGAGCUGCCCCGCAGCCCUACAGCUGCCCCAUCACCCCAUGCUGCCAGCCAGGCGACCAACGACAUGAAGGUGGCUUACAUUUCCGCCAUCGUCACCUUGGUGGUGCUCUGUACCGUGCUCAGCAUCAUCCUCCUGUACAUGUCCUGCCUGGAGAAGCGCAAGGGCAAGUAUGUGCUAGGGGAGCCGCGGCCAGCCAGCGUGGAGCUGCAGACCGUCUCGGCUAAUUGCCUGCGCAAGGGCCACCGGGAGGAGGAGGAGGAAGAGCUCACCUACCCCGAUGGCUGCCUGCGGAUCAUCCCCGGCGAGGCGCCCACAGCUGCCACCUCCCCAGUCAAGGAGCUGCCAGCUGCUGUGCCCCCACUGCCACCCCCGCUACCAGCCGAGCUCACCAACGGUGUGGGGGCUCUGCCCAAUGUCCUGCGCAAGAUGAAUGGCAACAGCUACAUGUUGCUGCAGCAGCAGGAGGAGCCACUGGCCUCCCCACUCUACAGCGCGUCCUUCACCGAGGAGCUCAGCAAAAUUCUGGAGAAGCGAAAACACACGCAACUGGUGGAAAAGCUGGAUGAGAGCUCCGUGUAGGGGCUGGGGAGGGGGGUCCUGCCAGUGGGGCCCUCCUCCCCUCCAGCCCCUUCUCCCACCCUUUGCCAGCAGUGUUACAAGACUCAGGCAAAACUACCUCCUUGAUGGCAGAGCUGGGCCGGGCCCGGACUCGGCCAUUCCUUUGGCUUUUCACUCACUUUUAAGACCUGCUGUACAGAAAAAAAAGGAAAAAGUAUCUAUUUAAAUUUGGAGCUCUAUUUAUGUAUAAAAACUCACUGACGGUGGCCACGAGCUGGAGACAGGAGCUGGCACCUGGCUGAAGGCGGACACCAUGGGAGGGAGAGUUUUUGUCUGUUCACCCAGGCGUGAGAGAGACGCUGUUGUGGAUGUGUGGACUUGGCCAGUCCUGCUGGGUGUCCCUUGGCUCACAGGAGCUGGAUAGCUGCUGAGAGGGUUUCCUCUCUGGGAGAGGAUGGUUUGGCAAGGCACAAGAGAUAGGGCGAGAAGCUGAUGUCCUGAAUACCCUGGAGCAGCUGGUGAAGAGGCAUGUGCCCACUGCGAAGAAGCCAGAAGAGGCCACAGGGCACUGGAUGAAGCAGCAGGCAGCAGGAUGCACUAGCAGCAGGACUGGCAGUCACCACCAUGCUCUACAGCAUGACAAGGGACCAGCACAUCAUCGACAUGCCCCUGAUGUCUGCAGUGCCCCUGUGGCUCCAAGCACAACGUGUUUCUGCCCUCCUGUGCAGUGCCGUUGGUGAACUGGAGUUCAGGCACAGCUCUGCCACCCAUGGGAAAAUGCGUGGGCAGGGAAAUGUCCUCACACAGUGAGGAAGAAGAAUCUUGGACAAGGGCUUGCCUCCCUCUGGAGCCUUCUCUUCAUGGCACUUUCCAGGAGCAGCCUAAAUCCUCCCAACUGUUUCUGCAACUGCCACCUCCUGGGGACUGAGAGAUGGGGGUGACAAAAGCAUCUCACGCUCUAGGGACAGUGUGGUGGCACCGGAGAAGCUCAGGAGGGACACACCUGUGGAGGUCCAUGUCCUCCCCCAUGUUCCUUGCUCGCACCUCCAUGAUCAGGACAUUGCCAAGGGCACAGCCCUGAAAGGAAAACAGGGGACAGGUGACAACCCCCAGGGUCUCUCACAAGCUGCAGCUCAGGCCUCCUAUUCCAGGAGAGAGAGGCUUAGCAGGAAAAGGCAAGAGUUGCACACUCUGCCACCCUGCCCCAGCCCUUGUUUUUGCUGCAAGAAGGGGGCGUGAGCGACCCCCAAGGACUACCCCAAGGACCACCCCCAACUUCCCAAGGAGGGGCAUCACUCUGUGUCUGGCACUCCUCACGCACAGCUCCACAUUCCCCCCAGCAAUAAAAAUGGCUCUGUCUGGA